ACUCUCGCGCAGGUUAGUAGAGUGCGGAGGGUAGAGUCAGACCCAGCGGGUGGUUCGCGUAGAGGGUUGCGAAUGGUGCGGGUAUAGUGGGGUGCCUCGAAACUAGUUCCCGUUGAGUCCGCUGCGCGAUAUUAGCGCGUGGCGGUGCAAUAACGUCCGCGUCGGGUUUGUCUAAUCGCGGCAGUCUUCGAGAAGAACCUUUUCUGGCAGUAAAAACAGUGCCAGACUCGGUGUGUUCUCAGACUUGGUGAACCAAGUGAAUUACCAAGUGAUCGGGUAUAGCUGGAUACCAGGUAUAGCAGGAACGAGGGAUAGGAAAACGUUGACAGAUGAACUAGAGUGCUAGUGGCGACCAAGUGAAAGACAGAGAGAGGGUGAGAUCGUCAGGGAUCGAGAAAGUGGGGUGGUUAUCGAGAGAAACAACCCGAUCAGAGAAAUAAGAGAGAAAGAGAGGGAGGGAUAACGACGACAAAGACCAAAAGACGAACGUAGUGAGAGAGAGAGAGAGAGAGAGAGAGAGAGUGAGUGAGUGAGUGAGAGAGAGUAAGAGAGAGAGAGAGAGAGAGAGACGUGCGCGCGCGCGUGUAUGUGCCAGAAGGAACUGUCAGACAAAGGAAGUGGAAAGGAAGACCUUUGGUCGGUCCUUCGGUGAGGAAAGUUAAGGGUACGAAGGACGGUCUGGAAGGUAGGAAAGACGGAAGGAUCGUAGUCAGACGAAGCAGCAAUAAAAGGGUUGACAGUAGUAACGAAAAGGUAGAACGCGUCGGGUCUGUCCCCCAGGAAGGGACCGUCGCGCGCAACGCGAUCAAUUUUCGUUGCGACGCGGGCGGCGAGACUGGUGUAAAGGAAGAAGAAAUGACGACUGCAGCGAGAUACCGAUAACCGGCCAGAUAAUGUUGUCGCAGAGCAAGUUUUACGCUCUCUUUAUCCACUACACGUUUGUGUAGCGCGACACGGGGCGGGUCCUUGCCGCUGCGGUGAAGAACAGUGGAGUCGGAAGAGGUGGUGGAGGCGCGACGAGUACAAAGAAGAAGAAGAAGAAGAAGAAGAAGAAGAAGGGAGGGAACGUGGAAAGAGUUGUUCGCCUGGUGGAGAUUCACGGAAGUCGAAAAGGACGUGCCGUUAUUGAAAUCGUAACGGAUAGAAGGAGAAAACCAACAAGAGAUACAGAGAAGAAAGAAGAAAAGCGAAAGGGACACCCAGAGAAUACAAAGAGAAAGACAGAAAAAAAGUUUGUCGUCGUACGGUGUUCAGUUAACAGUGUCGUUGCUUGACAGUGUGCUAUUCUUGCCGAAGCUGAAGAAGCAAGGCCCGCGGAGGUAUCUCAGAACCCGCCCCUCCUCGACGUCGCAGUGCCUCUUCUCCAUUAACGCUACGUCGUGUUUCUUUUCGUUCAAAUCGCGACUAUCCACGCUAUUGGAGAAACUCCUCGACCAUAAGUAUCGAUCGACUCGAAGAUCAGACUAUGUUAUUUCGAAUAACGGAUUGAUCGCACCCGUCGCUUCAUUCACACGUCGGACAUGAAAAAUCUUGGUUCGCGUUGGACGGUCCCCGACAUAGCACGCACUGCCGCAGCGCGUUCGUCAUUUCUCGUCGCCAUUUCGUCGGAACGAGAUUCAAAUAGCAAAAGCAGCCGCCGCAGCAGCAGCCGCCGCAGCAGCAGCAGCAACAGCAACAGCAGUAACGAUAGCAGCAAUAGCCGCGUUAGUUACAAAUCAGGAAGAAAGAACGUUAGAUACAGUAGUAUCGGUAAGGAAAGUAUCGACAGAAGGAUUUGCGUCACGGCGAUCGACAAGAAGAAAAGGGAAAAGAAGAGCGUCGGUAGAUCGGCAGUCGACGUGCUGCACGAAGCGCAUUUAUCCGUCCGAUCGUACGUAACGGCGUCGUCGAAUCGCAUCGACGGCACGACGCAUUCCGAAUCGACGCCCAGGUACCGGCCCCUAGCCGGCAAAUCGCGCGGUCUUCAACAUCGGUCUCGUCCUCGUCAGCCGCAGCCGCAGCCACCCCAACAGCCACUCUAUCACACCCCCGCAUCGUGGGACACGCGCACAUUACACUUCAGGAACUGUUAGCACCGAUCAAAAGAAGGUGGCUCAGCUGUGUGCAGCUUAGACAAUGUCCGAAGAUUCUGACUCUGUAUCAGAGGAAGAAAGAAGUUUGUUCCGUCCGUUCACGCGGGAGUCCCUGGCAGCGAUCGAGGCUCGCAUCGCCGAGGAACAUGCCAAGCAGAAGGAGCUCGAGAAGAAGAGAGCGGAAGGCGAGGGAGGUUUUGGACGGAAGAAAAAGAAAAAAGAAGUUCGGUAUGACGACGAGGACGAGGACGAGGGUCCUCAGCCGGAUCCGAUGCUCGAGCAAGGAGCACCGAUCCCGGUCCGACUGCACAGCUCAUUUCCACCCGAGUUGGCCUCCACACCUCUCGAGGAUAUCGAUACCUUCUAUCAUAACCAAAGGACCUUCGUCGUCAUCAGCAGGGGAAAGGACAUAUUCAGGUUCUCAGCGACAGAUGCGAUGUGGAUCCUCGACCCGUUCAACCCGAUACGACGCGUGGCCAUUUACAUAUUGGUUCACCCACUCUUCUCCCUCUUCAUUAUCACUACAAUAUUGGUUAACUGCAUACUCAUGAUCAUGCCCACUACGCCCGUCAUCGAGUCUACGGAAGUGAUAUUUACGGGCAUCUACACAUUUGAGUCCGCCGUUAAGGUGAUGGCGAGGGGUUUCAUUCUGCAGCCUUUUACCUAUCUUAGAGAUGCAUGGAAUUGGCUCGACUUCGUAGUUAUAGCUUUAGCUUAUGUGACGAUGGGCAUAGAUCUAGGCAACCUUGCCGCUCUCAGGACAUUUCGAGUCCUCCGAGCCUUGAAGACUGUCGCUAUUGUACCAGGUCUGAAAACCAUUGUCGGCGCUGUGAUAGAAUCCGUGAAGAACCUGCGCGAUGUGAUAAUCCUGACGAUGUUCUCUCUUUCCGUCUUUGCGUUGAUGGGCCUCCAGAUUUACAUGGGGGUGCUCACGCAAAAAUGUAUAAAGAACUUUCCCGAGGACGGCUCCUGGGGUAAUCUCACCGAUGAAAACUGGGAGCGAUUCGUUAGUAAUGAAACUAAUUGGUACGUGGACGAGUCGAAAAACAUGCCCUUGUGUGGGAAUUCAUCUGGAGCAGGGCAGUGCCUUCCUGGCUACACGUGUUUACAAGGAUACGGUGAUAAUCCAAAUUAUGGUUACACGAGUUUCGACACCUUCGGUUGGGCCUUACUUUCUGCGUUUCGUCUGAUGACUCAAGAUUACUGGGAGAAUCUCUAUCAGCUGGUACUAAGAUCGGCCGGUCCGUGGCACAUGUUGUUCUUCAUUGUCAUCAUUUUUCUUGGUUCAUUUUAUCUGGUCAACUUGAUUCUUGCCAUUGUCGCGAUGUCGUACGACGAAUUGCAAAAGAAAGCUGAGGAAGAGGAAGCCGCCGAAGUGGAAGCCAUACGUGAAGCUGAGGAAGCAGCGCUAGCAAAGGAGAACAAGUUAGCAGCACGAGCACAGGCAGCGGCGAGGGAGGCGGCUGCCGCGGCCGCAGCAGUCGCCGCUGAUCAAAUCGUGAAAUCUUCAUCGGACUUUUCCUGCCACAGCUACGAGUUAUUCGUUGGUCAAGAAAAGGGCAACGACGAUAACAAUAAAGAGAGAAUGAGCAUGCGUUCGAUCGAAUCGGUCAGCGAGCACAGGGUGAAACAGAUCAACAACCAUACGACCACCACUAAAGUGCGGAAAGUCAGCGCCGUCUCUCGCGCCGCUAAUGGCCAGUUUACUUAUGCCUACCAGGAAAGCCUGCGGAAGGCGAGCCUUAGUCUGCCUGGCUCACCGUUCAAUCUUCGCCGUAGCAGCCGUGGUAGCCAUCAGUUCACGAUCAGGAAUGGUCGUGGUCGUUUCGUCGGACCACCGGGUGGUGACAGGAAGCCAUUGGUACUCUCUACUUUCCUGGAUGCUCAGGAACAUCUGCCCUACGCGGACGACUCGAAUGCUGUCACGCCGAUGUCCGAGGAGAAUGGCACGAUCGUGGUGCCGGUUUACUAUGCUAAUCUUGGAUCCAGACACUCGUCGUACACCUCCCAUACAUCUAGGAUGUCGUACACGUCUCACGGCGAUCUGAUCGGUGGAAUAGCGAACGCGGGCAAACCCAUGACCAAGGAGAGCCAGCUGAGAAUCAGAUCCGUCAGGCCUCCGUCUGUAAACGGACACUUUACGGACUCUAAUCAGAAAUAUCAUUACGAAGGUGACCUGGAGGAUCCCAUGGGCAAGGCGAAACAACAAGACAAUCCGUUUAUAGAGCCCUCUCAACAGCAUGCCGUGGUUGAUAUGAAAGACGUGAUGGUACUCAACGACAUCAUAGAGCAAGCAGCAGGACGUCAAAGUAGAACACCGGAACAAGGAGACGACGAUGAAGAAGGGCCGACAUUCAAGGAUAAACUGUUGGCCGCUGUUUUACGUUGCAUCGAUACCUUCUGCGUAUGGGAUUGCUGCUGGUUGUGGCUUGAAUUUCAAAAAUACGUGUCUCUUUUGGUGUUCGAUCCAUUCGUAGAAUUGUUCAUCACCCUCUGUAUCGUCGUUAACACGCUCUUCAUGGCGUUGGAUCAUCACGAUAUGGACAAGGACAUGGAACGAGUGCUCAAGACAGGAAACUAUUUCUUCACGGCAACAUUUGGUAUCGAAGCAACGUUGAAAUUGAUAGCAAUGAGUCCAAAGUACUACUUUCAAGAGGGAUGGAACAUUUUCGACUUUAUCAUCGUCGCUCUUUCACUUCUGGAAUUAGGAUUAGAGGGUGUUCAAGGUCUCUCCGUGUUACGAUCGUUCAGAUUGCUAAGAGUGUUCAAACUAGCAAAAUCCUGGCCUACGUUGAAUCUGCUGAUAUCCAUCAUGGGCAGAACAGUGGGUGCACUGGGUAAUCUGACGUUCGUAUUGUGUAUCAUCAUAUUUAUUUUCGCCGUGAUGGGUAUGCAAUUGUUUGGCAAGAACUACACGGACCACGUCGAUCGAUUUCCCGAUGGCGAUCUACCAAGAUGGAACUUCACCGAUUUCAUGCAUUCGUUCAUGAUAGUUUUUCGUGUACUAUGCGGAGAAUGGAUCGAGUCUAUGUGGGAUUGUAUGCUUGUGGGAGAUGUUUCAUGUAUACCAUUCUUUCUGGCCACUGUUGUCAUCGGCAAUCUGGUUGUGCUGAAUCUCUUCUUGGCCUUGUUACUCAGCAACUUUGGUUCGUCGAAUCUUUCGGCGCCGACUGCGGACAACGAUACGAACAAGAUCACCGAGGCGAUCAAUCGAAUAACACGUUUUGUUAAGUGGAUCAAGCGAAAUUUCCUUUAUCUUGCUAAAAUGAUGCGAGCCAAACUCACCAAUCAGAUAUCCGAUCAGGCGCCAGAUGGAAUUGAUCGGGAUGGGAACCUAGAUCUUGCAGAUGGUGAGCUCGAUGCCUAUAGAGAUAAAAAGAGUGCCAAGGAGCUGAAUCAACUAGAAGUUGCUAUUGGGGAUGGAAUGGAAUUUACUAUUCAUGGAGAUUUAACGAAUAAAUUGAAGAAGGGUAAAUUGUGCCUGAACAACAGCAAAGUUAUAGCAAAUUCGAUCAACCAUCGUGACUAUAGAUUGGACAACGAUUAUAUUAAUCAAAACGAGGAGGACACUAUCAGUAACAAAUCGUAUGGCAGUCAUAAAAAUAGAGCGUUCAAGGAUGAAAGUCAUAAGGGUAGUAAAGAUCCACUGGACGGCGAAGAAAAGAAGGAUGCGAGCAAAGAAGACCUAGAACAAGAAGAAGAUCUUGGAGACGAAGGGGAAGAAGAAGGUGAAGGAGAAGGCGAUUUAGGGGACGCAAUUAUUCAGGCAGACGAGGAUCCGAUCGAGCCUGAUUAUCCAGCUGACUGUUGUCCAGAAAAUUGUUACAAAAGGUUCCCAUUCUUGGCUGGUGACGACGAUGCUCCAUUUUGGCAGGGUUGGGCGAACUUGAGACUGAAGACCUUCCAACUAAUCGAGAACAAGUAUUUUGAGACUGCCGUCAUUUUGAUGAUUCUUUUGAGUAGUAUGGCUCUCGCCUUGGAAGAUGUGCAUCUUCAACAACGACCCAUUCUGCAAGAUAUCUUGUAUUACAUGGACCGAAUAUUUACUGUGAUUUUCUUCAUCGAAAUGUUAAUCAAAUGGUUGGCUCUUGGCUUCAAAAAAUACUUCACGAACGCUUGGUGUUGGCUCGAUUUCAUCAUCGUCAUGGUGUCACUCAUUAACUUCGUAGCGUCGCUCUGUGGCGCUGGCGGGAUCCAAGCCUUCAAAACAAUGAGGACCCUAAGGGCCCUAAGGCCACUCAGGGCGAUGUCUAGAAUGCAGGGAAUGCGGGUUGUCGUCAACGCUUUGGUUCAAGCCAUUCCAUCCAUUUUCAACGUGUUACUGGUGUGUCUUAUCUUCUGGUUGAUCUUCGCUAUUAUGGGAGUGCAGCUAUUUGCCGGCAAAUACUACAAGUGCGUGGAUGCAAAAACAACACUCAGCUUUGAAAUAAUCCCCGAUAGAAAUGCCUGUGUGGCUGAGAAUUAUACUUGGGAGAAUUCUCCAAUGAAUUUCGAUCACGUAGGAAAAGCGUAUUUGUGCUUGUUCCAAGUGGCCACGUUCAAAGGAUGGAUUCAAAUCAUGAACGAUGCCAUUGAUUCUAGAGAGCUCAACAAACAACCAAUUCGUGAAACAAACAUCUACAUGUAUUUCUAUUUUGUAUUCUUCAUUAUAUUUCGGAUCGUUUUUACCCUUAAUCUAUUUCAUUGGUGUGAUCAAUCGACAACAUUUAACGAGCAAAAGAAGAAGGCCGGAGGUUCCCUUGAAAUGUUCUGACAGAGGAUCAGAAGGAAAUAUUAUAACGCUAUGAAAAAAAUGGGUAGCAAGAAACCACUCAAGGCUAUUCAACGUCCAAGAUGGAGGCCACAGGCUAUAGUGUUCGAAAUAGUGACGGACAAAAAGUUCGAUAUGAUAAUCAUGUGUUCUCGGCUGAACAUGCUUACGAUGACGUUGGACCAUUAUUCAACAACCCAGACAUUCAGCGAGGUUCUAGACUAUCUGAACAUGAUAUUCAUGGUGAUAUUCACCAGCGAGUGCUCUAUGAAGAUCUUCGCUCUACGUUACCACUAUUUCAGGUAGCCAUGGAACCUCUUUGAUUUUGUUGUUGUUAUAUUGUCAAUAUUAGGUCUGGUCCUGAGCGAUAUUAUCGAAAGUAUUUCGUAUCAACCGACAUUGCUUCGCGUAGUAAGGGGCAAAGUCGGUCGUGUUCUUCGACUGGUGAAAGGUGCCAAAGGGUUCGGAACUCUUCUCUUCGCCUUGGCGAUGUCGUUACCAGCUCUCUUCAAUAUUUGCCUAUUACUGUUUUUGGUGAUGGUUUAUCUUCGCGUCUUUGGAAUGUCGUUCUUAUAGCACGUCAAAGACAAAAGCGGACUGGACGAUGUAUAUAACUUUAAAAUUGGCCAGUCGAUGAUACUGCUAUUCAGGUAAUAAAUGAAUAAGAAAAACAUGUCAACGUCUGCCGGUUGGGACGGUGUCCUGGACGGUAUAAUAAACGAGGAGGACUGCCAAGAGCCAAACAACGAGAUAGGAUACCCGGGUAACUGUGGCUCAUCGACGAUCGGCAUUGCCUAUUUACUCUCGUACUUGGUCAUCAGUUUUCUGAUCGUCAUAAACAUGUACAUCGCCGUGAUCCUCGAGAAUUACUCUCAGGCAACCGAGGAUGUCCAAGAGGGCUUAACGGACGACGACUACGACAUGUACUACGAGAUAUGGCAACAGUUCGAUCCAGACGGGACACAGUACAUCAGAUACGAUCAGUUGUCCGACUUUUUGGAUGUGCUCGAGCCACCGUUGCAGAUACACAAGCCGAACAAGUAUAAGAUCGUAUCGAUGGACAUUCCCAUAUGCAAGGGAGACAUGAUGUUCUGCGUGGACAUUCUGGAUGCCCUGACGAAAGACUUCUUCGCGCGUAAGGGUAACCCGAUCGAGGAAGCGGCCGAGCUCGAUGUACAAACGCGACCAGGCGAGACUGGUUACGAGCCGGUAUCCUCGACGUUGUGGCGUCAACGGGAGGAGUAUUGCGCCCGUUUGAUACAGAACGCCUGGAGAAAGCACAAACAGCAACGUUUGGGCGGGCCGAGCGAAGAAAGCGACGACGCGGAUACGGAUCCGCGGGUGAGACAGACCGCGGUACUGGUCGAGAGCGACGGUUUCGUUACGAAGAACGGCCACAGAGUCGUGAUACACAGCCGAUCGCCGAGCGUUACCUCGAGAACCGCGGACGUCUGAUCGGCGACGUGGACGUCUCAAGCACCGCCAACGUCGUAACCCCUUGACGCUUGGCCAACCAAGCGUAGGAUAGGCGGCGUCCGUGCGACGAUCGCGACGAUCGCCGACGACAACGACCAUCGUCACCACGACGACGACACGUGGACGAGUCGAUCUCGUAGCGUCAGCCGUUUGAUACUGCUCUCACGGACCUUGCGCGCGCUCUCCAUCGACAGCCUUAUAGUUGUAUAAAAAAAAAAAAAAAAAAACACAUUCCUCCAACGAGUUGCCUUUAAAACUACUCAAAACGCUACGACCGUUGGGAGACACGUCGCUAGCUGAACACGAGCGUGCGAGCGAGGACGACGAGACGAGACGAAACGAAACGAAACAACGAAACGAAACGAACGAAACGA